AUGACAUCGAUACAUGGCUUAUGGACGUGGUGGUUAACGUUGAUUCUGUUGCUGUUGCGGUUUACUUACGGCGAUGAGAAUGUGGAACCGCAGAAUGUAACCUCUGUCACUGAAGAAAUACCAACGACAACAACACCUUCCGGACCGGCAUCCGCCGAUAGACUCGGAGUACCUCGAUGUGAGUCCAACUACGAUUGUGUUCACAAUGGAUUAUGUCGAAAAGAUGCCGAUGGUUACGGUAGAUGUCUGUGCCCAAGGAGCUGCCCACCUUAUAUACCCAUGGACUGCAUGAAGCAAGGAUCUUCUUCGUACUAUCGUCUACGUCAACGGUAUCGUUACGAACUGCCAUGUGGUGUAAUGGACUCUAGUUACAAAAAGAAGUACGAUCUGCCAAGCCCACAAUGCCACCAGGUUUGUUUUUCUUGUCUGAAGUCGUUAUUUUUUAGUUCAUAA